AUGGCUCGUGUUUCGCAAUUGCUACAAGAUCAGUUUCAAAACCAAUCGGGCACAAUGCUGUCACCAGAGCCAGCGGCGAAAUGUCCCCGCGUUCAGUUUCAAGUUGAACUGACAUGUGUCAUUAGUUCAGAAUCAAGCACUGAUCCCUCUGUGCAUACACCAUCACAGCCUGCUCCACCUGGUCCGGAUCUAGCUCAAGAUUCAACACAGACUCCAGUCAAAUUUUUUGAUUUUGAGCUGUUUUCACCUGCUGAAGCUAUAGAAGCAGAGGCAACGCAGACCACUAUGCCUCCUCCACCUCUUCAAACUACACGAUCCGGAUGGGCCAUUCAUCCAACGGCGAAGGUUCGCGAUGCAAUGCCUGACAUCCCUGGUACACAAGAGGACCGGGCGAUGAUUACAUCUAAUCGGCCUGAGCCUGAUGAAUGUUCUACAUGCCAAGGUCGACAUGUCAUUCUCCUUCUAACCCAACAUGUUAAGACCGUCGCGAACAAAUUUGGUCUCAGUCACCUUUACAAAUGCCAUCCUGUCCGUAAACCCAUAGAGGAAUUUAAUCUCGACAUGUGCUAUGCUCUCACGGCGAAUGCAACUCUUGCUGCAAAAGCCAAGAGACGGGUUCAAGAUAUCAUUGCACCAUAUCCAAACCUCAGUUCGUAG